UGCAUGAGUACUGCACCAUCAUGAAGCCUCUGACUGUAGCACUAGACAUUUUACAAGGUGAAUGCCCUUAUGGGACUUUACUACCCACACUUGAAGUUCUGAUGCAGAAGACCCUGGCUGUGAAAGAUACCCUCUCCAGGAUGACUGCAGGCCUUCCACAUGCCAUAGUGCAGGCUAUCCAAACUCGUUUUGCCAGUGUGCUGGACCACAAAGAUGCCCUUCUCGCAGCUGUCAGUUGUCCAAAAUUCAAACUCCGAUGGCUGAGAGACGCAGGUAGGAGGGAGCAAGUAAAAGAGCUGCUGACAGCAGAGUGCUGCACAACUGCUCCUGCAGCACAGAGCCCUGCCAGUGUGCCCACCACAUCUACCACCCAAGGUGAGAUGGAUUUCUUCACUUUUGAGGCAGAGCCAGAGGAGACUUACUCUGCAGAAAAGGAAGUCAUGGACUACCUAAUGUCAGCCUAUGACCUUCAGGUUUUGCAUCAGUUUUCAAACAUAAAAAACAUUUUCUUGAAGUAUAACACUCAAACCCCAUCAAGUGCUCCUGUGGAGCGGCUUUUCAGUCUGGGGGGUUUGGUGCUCACGCCUAGAACAAAUAGACUUUCUGACAAGAGAUUUGAGAAACUUCUGUUAAUGAGAUACAACAACUGGUUUAGUCACCCCACUCCACUGUUUCACUCAUAAUCUGCAAAUACAACAUAAGAUUAGACCAAAGUGUCAAAAGUAGACAUGAUGUCAGCCUGGUAUUA